AUGAGAUUCACCACAAAUGUUGUUGUCACUGCCUUUUGGCUGACAAGCCUGAGCACUCCCUCUGUUGCCCACCCUGCGAAGGGUCUCAAGGGUCCCGAACUCAAGCAUUGGCCCAAGGGCGCCGCCAAAGCUCUCAACAAGAUGAUUGCUGCCAAUGCCAACCAGGGACAAUAUGCCGUCUUUGACAUGGACAACACCAGCUACCAAUUCGAUCUUGAAGAGUCCCUUCUUCCCUACCUCGAGAACAAGGGAGUUCUUACGCGCGACACCAUGGAUCCCGCGUUGAAACUUGUUCCUUUCAAGGACAGCAAGAAGCACAAGGAGUCGCUUUACAGCUACUACCUGCGACUUUGUGAGAUUGAGGAUGCUGUUUGCUACCCUUGGGCGGCACAAAUCUUCAGCGGAUUCCCACUGCGCGAGCUCAAGGGCUACGUCGAUGAGCUGAUGGCCUACAACAAGACCAUUCCCACCACUUACUACGAGGAGGGCAAGGUCACAGCCACCGAGGUCUCCCCUCCUAAGAUCUUCGAGGGCCAAGUCGAGCUUUACAACCGCCUGAUGGCCAACGGCAUCCAGGUCUACGUUGUCAGCGCCGCUUCUGAGGAGCUCGUCCGAAUGGUCGCUUCUGACCCUAAGUACGGCUACAACGUUCCUGCCAAGAACGUCAUUGGCGUCUCUCUCUUCCUCAAGACCAAGAAGGGCGAGAUCACCACAGCUCGCAAGCAAAUCGAAGACAAUGCCUACACCCAGAAGGUCCAGAACCAGAACCUCGACGCCGAGAUGACUCCCUGGCUCUGGGCUCCAGCUACAUGGAAGGAGGGCAAGUGGGCUGCCAUCAACACCUACAUCGAUACUUGGAAGAGACCCAUCCUCGCUGGUGGUGACACUCCUGACAGUGAUGGUCCCAUGAUCUUCCGUGGUGUUAAUGUUGAGCGAGGCGGUAUCCAUCUUUGGGUCGACAGGAAGCCUGCCUACAGAGAGCAGAUUAAUGGAAUGAUCAAGAAUUACACCAUUGCCCAGAAGGAGCAAAAAGUACCAGUUACAGCCAACAAGAACUGGGUGUUUGUGACGCCUACCGAGCUUCACGAUGCUUGA